AUGUCUUUUGUCUACUGUGAUAUAAUCAUCCCUGUUCAUAAAAGCGAUGACGCAAUAUCUACCGAAAAUUCUUCUAGUUCUCAAUUAACUCCUUUAUCUCUUUAUCAUGAUUCAUUAUCAAAUUUUAAACUUCCAUUCCCUCCAAUCAUUAAUGCUUCCGAUUUCUUAGAAAAAACUAAACGGUCAUCACGGGGUGGUACCCUAAGAAGCCCAAAUGCCUUUUUAGUUUAUAGGAAAGCUUUUUUAGAUCAUCUUGUUCGUCAAUCAAAAUGUAAUUUUAAAAUGACUGAUGUAUCAAAAUUAGUUAGUGUUCACUGGAAUUCUGAAGCUGAACAUGUUAAAUUAGCUUAUAAAAAAAUUGCUCAAGAUGUGGAAAAGGAAUUAAUCAAAAAUAGAAAGAAGGAUUUAUCUACAACUCGAGUUAUUUGGAAAGAUUUUAAAACUUCUGUACGUAAACAUAAUAAACAAAAUAACAAAAAAUCUUCAAGAGAAAAGUUCAAAAUGACAAAGAAUCGUAAUGAUCCAUUUAUCAUGAUGAGUCGACUAGAUGAUGAUCAAGAUUUUGUUCCUGAAAAUGUUGUUUACACUUUACCAAUCGAUGAGUCUACUAAUUGGGCUUGGAUGAUGCCUGAAAAUUUCAUUCCUUCUCCGGAGUCAACACCUUGCAGUUCAGCUUUCAUUCCUUCUCCAGAGUCAACUCCUUGCAGUUCAGCUUUCAUUCCUUCUCCAGAGUCAACUCCUAGUAGCUCAGCUUUCAUUCCUUCUCCAGAGUUAACUCCUUGUGGUUCAGAUUUCAUUCCUUCUCCAGAGUUAACUCCUUGUAGUUCAGAUUUCAUUCCUUCUCUAGAGUCCACUCCUUGUAGUUCGAUCAUUACUGUUCCGUUAAUCCCAACUCAAUCCAUA